GGUUACCAUCAGUUGCUCACUCAAAAACACCCAAAGAAAACUGAAAACAUGGGGAGAAACCAAGGUAACCAGGCAAAAGAAGCAAAUGCAAAUGAAAACAAGAUCCAGCUUGAAAAGACAAUUGGUUAUUUAGAAGGAGUUAGCUUCAUAGUAGGCACCAUUAUAGGUGCAGGGAUUUUUGUCUCCCCAACUGGAGUGCUCAAAUAUUCCUUGCUCAAUGUUGGUGUGGCUUUAAUAAUCUGGACGGCGUGUGGCAUCAUCUCCCUGAUGGGUGCUCUCUGUUAUGCGGAGCUAAUCACAGCAUUGCCGUGUUCAGGUGGGGAAUACAGCCACAUAAAAAGAGCCCUUGGCUCUCCACUGGCUUUUAUCUUCUUAUGGACAGCAAUGUUCAACAGACCAGCCUCAAAUGCUGCUCGAGCCUUGUUGUUUGCUGAAUAUGCCAUUCAACCGUUCUAUGGGGAGUGCGCAGCUCCUGAGAUGGUAAAGAAAUGUUUGGCAUUGGCUGUUCUCUGGUUCCUUGGGAUUCUCAAUGGUCGAAGUGUCAAGAUGGCUGCCUGGGUGCAGACCGUUUUCACCUUUCUCAAGAUGAUGGCUCUCUCCAUCAUUGCAAUCGGUGGAAUAGUUCUGUUGAUCAGAGGAAAGAAACAGAACACAGCCAGAUUUGAGAAUGCUUUUAGUUCAGAGAUUCCAGAUGCUGUGCAGAUCUCAGAAGCAUUUUUCCAAGGGUUGUAUGCAUAUGGUGGCUGGUGGUCCCUCGGCUAUUUGGCAGAGGAGAUUAAAAACCCCAGCAGAAACAUUCUUUGGACUGUGAUGACUGCACUUCCUUUAGUCAUCGUUUUCUAUUUGCUGGUAAACAUCUCAUAUCUGACAGUUCUCACGCCAAAGGAAAUUGUUUCCUCAGUUGUUGUGGCAGUCACGUGGGCUGAGAGAGUGAUCCCUUCAUUUGCUUGGAUAAUUCCUGCAUCUGUGGCUAUUUCUAUAUUUGGUGCCCUCAAUGGCAGCACGUUCACUUUUGGACGGUUGAGCUACGCUGCGAGUCAAUCCGGACACUUGCCCAUUAUAGUAUCCAUGCUUAAUGUCCACCAUUCUACUCCAGCACCAGCCAUGAUUUUGUCCACUGUUAUUGCAACUACUUUUCUCAUUUCAUCAGAUCUCAUUGCUUUAAUGAAUUAUUUUGGAUUCUCCAUUUGGCUCAUGACUGGACUAACAUGCACUAGCCUCAUUGUCCUCCGGUUCCGAGAGCCUAAUCUACACCGGCCGUACAAGGUUUGUUUACCAGUUGCCUUUGGAAUGGUGGCCAUUUCCUUGUUCUUAGUUUUGGUUCCUGUAAUUUGGUCCCCGAAAGUGCAGUAUGUAUAUGCUUCCCUUUUCAUGCUUGGUGGUUUUCUUUUCUACCUGCCUUUUAUACAUUUUAAAAUACAUUUUGAGUUGCUGGAUAAAAUUACUUGCUAUCUGCAGCUGCUGCUCGAGGUUUCACCUGCUAAUUAUAAAUCCGAGUAACGCUAACGUUUGAUAGGACCAAAAUGUGCUUUUGCAGCACAGCAACAGCUUCUGCCAUCUCUCUCAUUGCUUUUUUUAAAAAUACAUUUUGGUGAAAUAUUAUAUGUUGUUAUACAUGCACACACACCAGUGGUUGUAUGGUCAAAAGAUCUUGACUGUGUGGACUGAAUGUGUGGACUUCAACUCCCACAAUUCCCCAGCCAGCAUGCUAGCUGGGGAAUUCUGGGAAUUGAAGACAAGACAUCUUAAAGUCGCCAAGUUUGAAAAACACUGCUGUAGCCUUUUCCAUAUCCUCUGAAAAACCUUUUUGGAGAGUGGGAGACCUAGAGGACUGCAGUGGAAGAAGAAUGAAAAAAAUCUCUAUGUCAGCAGUAAUCUGGCUCCCCUUGGUUAAACAAACCUUAGUCACUUGAAAAAGACCAAUUAAAUCUACAGAUAUAUCGUCUUUAACAUUGCUUAUUAGAUUAUUCACAGUUAAAUCAGGUACCAUGGGAGAAAAAGAAUUCCCAUUUUUUUUUAAAUACUUGUUUGAAGGAGAACUUGUGUAAAAUUUGAUCCCUGGGGUUUUUUUUGGGGGGGGUGUCCUCCUUAGUCUGUCAGUGUGUUUUCAUUAUUUUAAUUUAAUCUACUUAUGAGUUAAAUGUUGCAGUAGUAAAAUAAAAGAUUGGGAUCCAGUGAACAUUUAGCUAUCUCAAAAUAUAUUUUACAAUGCACAUUUCCUAAAAUCUUUUGUACAUAUUACUUCUCUACCCAUUCCUUAUGAUAAACAUAAAAAUAUAUGUAUAAUGUAUUGUCUGCCAAGUAGAA